AUGCUUCUCCCACGGCUUCCAAGCUACUUUCCGUCUUUAAUCGAAGCAGAUCUCGAGCAUGUCGUUACUGGAUUGGAGAGCGGGCUCUUCACCAGUGUCGACUUGGUCAAAACAUACAUCGCUCGAAUCAACGAAGUCAACGACACGCUGCACGCCGUGACAGAGCUCAACCCAGAUGCUCUGUCUAUCGCAGCUUCCUCGGACGACUUGCGUCGAAAUGGGACUAUCCUCGGUCCUCUUCAUGGCGUCCCCAUCAUCAUCAAGAACAAUAUCGCCACGGCCGACAAGAUGAACAACACCGCUGGAUCUUGGUCUCUGGUUGGAGCCAAGGUACCUCGAGACUCUACUAUGGCGGCAAAGCUUCGCAAGGCUGGAGCUGUCAUUCUUGGCAAGUCGAACCUUUCCCAAUGGGCGAACUAUCGAUCGGACAAUACGAGCAAUGGAUGGAGUGCCUACGGUGGGCAGACGUAUGCAGCGUACUACCCCAAACAGGACCCUUCUGGCAGCUCAUCUGGAUCUGGUGUAUCGAGCUCGCUGGGUCUUGCACUGGCUGCUUUGGGGUCGGAGACGUCGGGAUCUAUUCUGAGUCCUUCAGAUGUGAAUAAUCUCGUGGGGAUCAAGCCUACAGUCGGUUUGACGAGUCGAUACUUGGUCAUCCCAAUCUCUGAACAUCAGGACACUGUUGGCCCCAUGGCUCGAUCUGUCAAGGACGCGGCGUAUGUGCUGCAGGCUAUAGCAGGACCAGAUACGAAUGACAACUACACCCUCGCCAAUCCACACCAAGGAGUCCAGCCAGAUUAUGUCGCAGCUUGUGAUUACACCGCUCUUGCCGGUGCCCGAAUCGGCGUCGCCUGGAACGUCCUGGAUAUUUGGAGAAAUUACACGGACCAGGUCGUCAUUGAUGCUUUCCACGAGGCUGUCGAUCAGGUUCGAGCAGCAGGCGCGACAAUUGUAGAUGCCAACUUCACCGCUUUCGCUCAGUACAACAAUUCGACCCUAGGCGACGCUGUCCUCAACGCUGAUUUUCUUGUCGGCCUGCCGAAUUACUUGAAAGAGCUUACGUACAAUCCGAACAAUAUACAAAAUCUGGCCGAUGAGAGGAACUUCACGCACGGCUUCCCGCUUGAGGACUGGCCAGAGCGAGAUACCGAGCUUUGGGACGAGGCGCUCAAACAGUAUAACAACACCUCUCCCGAGUUCUGGAAAGUUUACCAGGAGUCUCUGUACUACGGUGACGAAGGUGGUAUUCUAGGCGCCUUGAGACGUACCAACACCAGUGCUGUUCUCCUGCCUACACAGCUAAGUCCUUCGAUACCUGCGUUAGUGGGUAGCCCAGUCGUGACAGUACCAAUGGGGUUCUAUCCAUGGAACACAACGUUGGUUAUGAACGGGUUUGGCAAUCUGGUCGCUACAGCACCGAAUGUUCCUUUUGGCUUGUCGUUCAUGGGAGCCAAGUGGAGUGAGGCCGAUCUGAUCGGAUUUGCGUAUGCGUAUGAGCAACGCACGAUGCAUCGCAACGACAAGCAGCCGUACUUGGUGCCUAAUGUCGAGCUUGGAGAUGUGUUGGGGUGGUAA